AAUCGUUCAAUGCCCGGGGAAAAAGCGUUCCGCUCUAAUAGUCUGCGUCUAGUGUCUACCUACCUAGCUAAUAAAUAAAUAGAAAAUAAAUAAAUAAAAGCUAACACUUUGACAGGGACAAGACGUUACCUUGGUUGACCUGGCGGCGCCUCAGCAACACAGCUCUCGUCGGCGACGAUGCGCCCUCACGUGUCUUUAGCAACAUAUUUUUUGAGCGACUGGCCGCCGGUGCCGUUCAAGUUCCCGUACAACGGCGAGCCGCCCAAGAGCCUGCUAGUCAAGAAGACGGUGACGCCCAACGAGCUACACCUUGUGCGCAACCACGGCGGCAUCCCCGACAUUGACGCGCAGGCCUUCGACCUGCAGCUCGACGGGCUCGUCAACAAGCCGCAAAAGAUCGCGCUCGCGGACCUGCAGAACGAGGCGCUGUUCCCACGCGUGUCCAAGCUCGUGACCAUCCAGUGCAGCGGCACGCAGCGUCAAGUGGCUGUACCGCAUCAAGGCCAUCGAGAACACGAGCCGGGCACCGGUCCAGAGCAGAGAGUCGAGUUCCUGCCUAUCACGCGCCCGACCGAGUUCGCCUACCAGACACCGGAGGAAUACGACGUGGCCUGGUCCAAGAUGCAGCCCCGAGAUGUCGACGACUGA